AUGAGUCCACUUGACUUCGUUGAUUUCAGUCGCUGCAGUUCAGACUUCUGGAAAACAAAAUGGGAGUGCGCUCUGAACGACGAAUUAAGUACAACGCUCAGCACCUACAAGCGUUUUCUCGAUGAGAGAGAUGUGAAAAGCUGUUGGCAAAGCGAAUCCGAACCAUUCACUCUUACACUCGUGCAUGAUUCGAUGCACCAUAUGCGUUCUUCAGAAAACCUCUCUUAUGUGUCAAUUUAUCUUCUUAAGAACUGGCUGGAGAGGACUCCUGGUUUGACGCUGGCGGCAAUCAACGGUGAGGAAGAGGAGGGCUUCUGGCCGAGGUAUGAACAAGCCGUGAAACGAACGAGUCCCUCCCACAAAACGUCCACGAUCAGCUUGUUGGCUGAGUAUUACAAGACGAAGGAUUCAUUCGCGACCAUAUUGGAUCCCAAGCAACACGCACAACAAAUUCUAAACGGCACUCGUCUGCUUUCGCAUGAUGCCAUGAAAGGAGCGCUGAUGAUUUAUUUCUACCGAGACAUGCCACGAUUCUCGCAACCUUACCAAAUCCUCACCUACCUCAUGGACAUCGACAGCUUGUUCACAAAAUGGCGGUACAACCAUGUAAUACUGGUGCAACGAAUGUUGGGAAGCAAACAAGGAACUGGUGGCAGUUCUGGCUACAUGUAUUUACGGAGUACUGUAAGUGACAAAUACAAAGUGUUCUUGGAUUUGUUCAAUCUAUCGACAUGGCUCAUUCCCCGUGAAUACAUUCCAACGUUGACGCCACGAAUGGUGAAGACACUCUCGGAGCACUCAAAUCUCAACUCAUCGGUGAUAUCAUCAGAAAGCGAAUGA